GCUUUGGCUAAUGCCAAAAGGACAAUUUUGCCCUUGCUUUGAGACUCAUAAAACAAGUUUUAGUUCAAUAAUCAAAAUUGACUCUUUCUGUAUUCAACAAUGGAUCGAACUCAGUUGCUGUUGGUUGGGUUACCAAUCUUUCUCCUCUGUACGGACGUUGUGAAUCUCUUCACACCUGCUCCUCCCAAACCUCAAUCACAACCUCAAACUCAACCUCGUCACGAUCAAUUCCAAUCCACUCUUCUCCAAGAACCUCUUCCCUUCCCCAAUCCCACCCACCAGAAUCCCAUUACUAGUAUUGGGGGAAAUGGCGUGGGAACCACCGUCAAUAUCAAUUUCUGCACUUCCUGCUCUUACAGGGGAAAUGCUGUAACAAUUAAAAACAUGCUGGAAAAUGCUUUUCCAGGGAUUAAUGUUGUCUUGGCAAACCACCCUCCCGCUUUCCCGAAACGGAUUGUGAGCAAAGUGAUACCAGUUGUUCAAGUAGGAAUUGUCGGGGUAAUAAUGGCAGGCGAACAAAUUUUCCCAAAGUUGGGAAUAAUGACACCACCAGCUUGGUAUUUCUCCCUGCGUGCCAAUAGAUUUGGAAGCAUUGCAAGUGUCUGGCUCUUUGGAAACUUCUUUCAAUCUGCUCUACAGAGUACUGGUGCUUUCGAAGUAUUUUGCAAUGGUGAAUUGGUCUUCUCUAAGCUAAAGGAACAAAGGUUCCCCGGUGAAAUUGAAUUAAGAGGCCUUGUGGAAAAGAGAAUCGGUAUUUCAAGAACAGUUAGUGGCCUUUGAGGAGGAGGUAUUUUGGUCCUAAUUUUUGCUUUUGGGAUUGAUGUUCUAACUUUCCAAUUGGACACAGAAAGUCUGGCAGAGACAACAAUGGGAACAAUGUUGGUAGUUUCAUAAUUCAUAUACUCAAAGUGGGAGCCCAAGAUUAGAGAUUAUAUGCCUACUUUUACUGGCCAAUACUGACAUGUUUUUGUUUUUACUGGUAAUUAAGGUGUUUUGUUUGGCUGGUACUAGCCAUUAUUAAAUAAGGGGUUAUUUGUAAUGGAUUAAUGUUAAAAGGGGAAAGCUAAUCUUCAUAUUACAAUGCUUGUUAAGAAGUUUUUAACUUUUUAAACCCCUUAAUACUUUUACUGUAGUAUUCUAACUACUCUAAAAUGGUGUAAUAUUUUUUUUUUUUUUUUAAAAAAAAGAACUUUUUUAUUCAAACACAACAAAA